AUGGUCCAAGAAAGCUCUGCUUCGGGACAGCAUACGGAUGAAUUACAUCCUAUUGGAUCGUCGAAUUCUAAUUCGUCCCAGGGAAAUAGUAUUUUUGGUAAGAAGAAGUAUGGUUUGGGUCUCUCGAAGUUGUUAAGGGGAUCGAGUCAUUCUUUGCCCGGUGAAUCGGGCAAAGAUCUGUUGGGAUCACUGCUGUCGCCUAAACACAGUAAUUCUAGUUCCAAGUCUCAGGAAUCGACGUCGCGGUCCCACGUUUCAGUGCCUAUGAUGGACCAUCCGCAUAUGAGUCAGCCACAUGCCAACCAUUUGCAUAAUCCAAACAAUUACAAUGAGCAUCACGAAAGAACGCAACUUGCGGAAACUACAUCUUCAUCUUCUGACUACACACACCAUAUGCAUAGGUUGAAAAUCACGCCCUCACCGCAGUCACAUAUGCAUCCUGUGCAGCUACUCCAAAAAGAGAUCGAAGAACAGCAAAUGAGACUGGCCUCGCCGUCUCUGACGUCUCACAAGCACAAGAAGCCCUCACUGCGACUCAAACGGUUUUUCAAAAAGAUCCACGGCGAUGACGCGAGCGGAUCAGACAAUACAAAUGCAUCGAUAGCAUUCAUGAAGGAUGAAACCUCGACGUCCAACACACUUUAUGAGACUGACGAUGCUCACGAGCUCAUUGAGAAGUAUGGAGUUCCGGGAAAGCUUUUGGGUGAGGGAGCGUCUGGUUCGGUCUCUGUGGUGGAAAGGACCGACGGUAAGCUAUUCGCGGUGAAGAGGUUUAGAUCUCGAGGCAACUGGGAAACGCAAAUUCAGUAUUCCAAAAAGGUGACUUCGGAGUUCUGCAUUGGUUCCACUUUGCGUCACAUGAACAUCAUCGAGACGCUAGAUAUGCUUCAGGAAGGACAAAAUUUUCUGCUGGUCAUGGAGUAUUGUCCAUACGAUUUCUUCACCUUGGUCAUGAGCGACUUGAUGACUAAAUAUGAGAUUGCGUGUUAUUUCAAACAAAUUUGCAACGGUGUUGAAUAUUUGCAUUCAAUGGGGCUCGCGCAUCGAGACCUCAAACUCGACAACUGCGUCGUCACCAAUCAGGGCAUCUUAAAACUUAUUGACUUUGGAAGUGCAGUAGUUUUCCAAUAUCCUUAUGAACAGGAUAUUGUCAAGGCUAAAGGGAUCGUGGGUUCAGAUCCUUAUCUUGCUCCCGAGCUUCUACUUGCCCCAACGUAUGAUCCACGGCCAGUUGACGUUUGGUCGAUAGCUAUUAUGUUCUAUUGUAUGUCCUUGAGAAGGUUUCCCUGGAAGGCGCCUAGGGAUAAAUACCAAUCUUUCAAGCUGUUCUGUGAAGAGCCUGAGCAUGAAAAGGAUAGUCAGAGAGGGCCUUAUCGAAUACUGAAACUUUUACCGCGUCACUCCCGUCAUUUGAUAGGCAGAAUGAUGGAAUUGAACCCUAAAAAGAGAAUUUUGAUGUCAGAUGUGGUGGAAAGUCAUUGGUUCCAGCAAAUAGAAAGUUGUGAGGUCAAUGAAAAGAAUGAGUUAUUGCGCAUCCCGGAAAAACACAAGCAUCAUCUCAUAACUGAAGAAGAACUGAACGAGUUGAAUCGUCGGAGAGAAGAAGAGGCCCAACUUUCAAAGUUGCGUGCCGAAGAAGUGGAUCAUAUGGACCAUGCUAAUAUGGAAAAGCGAUACAUGAAAGAAGGCAAAAUCGUUGAAGAGGAACAAAAAUUUAAAGCAUUGCGCGAUGCUGAGCAAUCUGAGAGGUUUACUCAUGCGCCGUCAACUUCUGAUUUGGAAAAUGGAACAGAAGGUAAGUCAUAA